CACCGAAGCGCUUCUGUAUUCAUCGAACCAGUGCUACGACAACCUUAAGCUCUGAUGUCCAGUGCAUUCUAUAACCAUAUAGAUAGAACAGUAUGUGAAAGAAUCCUGCAAGCUGGCGUUGGCAUCGAAGAUGAGCAGGACAUCGACUACAUCAUCACACUCAUCUUUCACAAGGAGGAUACUCGGAAUCUGACUGGCCCAGUCGGAGAGGAUCCACACAGAUAUGUCUUACAGGACAAGUUGAUUCAAUCGUCAAAGUGGUUUGAUGCCAAGACUCCGUCAGAGCUCUGCGGGGGUGAGCUCAAGCCUCCGCAGGAAGAAGUCUCAUUGAGCAAGCGUGGGCAGCAAGAGCAGCUAUAUGACUCUUACAGCUACAAAGGAAGCAACGGCUACUGGCUCCCUGAGGUACAACCCCUGUAGCGCAACGGAGACUGCAAGGUAGGAGUGAGUACGAUUGACUGAACCUCGAGGAGGAGCAAGCAGCAGAUCUAGUAUGCAGACGCACGAGGGAUGAUCGCUCGUGCGUGAGGAGUCUCGUUUACCCCUGGUGGUUCCCUUACGGUCUAUGAAAGAAUCGUCAACUGCUGAGAUGGUCUGUUGACUUCCCUUCUGUGUGUGCAACGAACCUGUAUUGUGUUCAAUUUGUGAUGAUUCUCGAAUCGACUUCACAUCACUUCUCUCCACAAGUUUCAGCAGGACAGACACAAGCAGGCGGUCGGUAAUGACAUCACUGGCUCAGUCAGUGGCCAUCAAGUUCUGGCAUACGGUACGCCGAUCGUCAUCGUCAGUCCCUC